AUGUAUAACUACAAUCAAAUAAUAUUACUUUGUCUCCUGCUAUUAAUAACAAGCUUGUCCAUCAAUGGACAACGUCAAGAAUCAUUCACAAUGACAGUUGCCAUCUUUGAUCAUUAUCCAGAAUAUAAUGAAAACUUUGAAGCUGAUGUUGGUACUUAUACUGGUCUGAAACCUGGAAUGGUUAAGAAGACAUUGAAUGAGACUACCAAGAUUCCAGACUUGGUUAUUGAUGAGGACUUGUGGAGAUUCGGUCGUAUUAUUAAGCCAGACUUAUUCCCAUCAUUCUUCUCCAAUACUCCAAACAUCAAUAAGUUCAUCCCAUACGAUUUGACCUUUACAUUGAAGGAUAACAAUGGUAUCUAUACCAUGGAGAAUCAGAACUUCUUCCCAAUCAAUGGACAAGGAUGGGAUGUUGACUAUGACAAGGCACACGAGUACAAGGAUGCCUUUGGUGAAUACCAAAACUUCCACUUCUGUCUCAAGUUGAACUCAUACUUUACCUACCGUGGCAAUGAAGAGUUCUUCUUCAAAGGUGAUGACGAUGUCUGGGUGUUCAUCAACAACAAGUUGGCCGUAGAUCUCGGUGGUCUCCAUUCUGCCGAGGAGGGCAGUGUCGACUUGACAACCCUCAAUUUGGUUAAGGGCAAGACAUAUCCAUUCGACUUCUACUACUGUGAGAGACACACUGAUCAGUCCACAAUUAGGAUUGAUACCAACAUUGAGGUCCGUUGCCUCUGGUUCGACUUCUGUGGUAUUUGUAAUGGUGAUGGAUCUUCAUGUUGCUCCGCCUCCAAGGACUGUGAUGACAAGGACUCGUGCACAAUCGAUGCCUGUCCAGCUGCCAUCACACCAGGCGCCAACCCAGACAACGUCGCAAAGUACUGCAAUCACACCAAGAUCACAUGUGAUGCCCAGACUGCCGCCGACAAGUGUAACGCCUACAAGUGUGAGGGAGGUUCAUGUGUGGUCGGCGACAAGAAGCCAGCACCAUUGAUCUCCUGCCAAGUUGGUACCCACUGCGAUCCAAAGUCAGGCUGGUUGUACAAGCCAUUGUGCAGCAACAACGACAAGUGCACCAGCCUCAAGUGUGUGCCAGGCUCCGACCCAACCAAGGACCGUUGUGAUUCCACUCCAGUCAACUGUAACGGCACCGACCAAUUCUGCACUGUCUACAGCUGUGACUCUGCCAGUGGCUGUCUGUCCCAGCCCAAGACCUGCAUGCCAGAGACACCCGAAGCCUGUACCGAGUACUUCUGUACCCCGGGCAAGGGCUGUGAUUUCAAGAAGCUGAGUGAGAAGGAGUGCGGCUGCUGCGAUCCAUCCAAGACCGAGAUGUGUAAGGUGGCCAAGUGCAACACUAACACCGAGAAAUGCGAGUACUCCGACGUGGUCAUCGACAACAGCGACCCGUGCAUGGUUGGCCACUGCAACUUGACCACCGGCCAGAUCACCUACACCCCCGUCGUGUGCAGCGGUUGCCAGGUGUGCAGCAGGGCUGCCAAUGGCACAUGCGUCGACACCGACUCUCUGUGCAGCCAUGCCAACCAAUGCACAGACGUCACCUGUCAGGCUGGUGAGUGCAAGGCAACAUCAAUCCCAUGCCAGGACAACGACCCAUGCACCAUCGACAAGUGUGACCCAACCAAGGGCUGUGAUCACUCUGAGAAGCUGUCCUGUCCAGAUGAGGGCCUCUGUCUCGUCGGCCAAUGCACCCCAGGCGUCGGCUGCACCGUCACCAACAGGACCUGUGACACUGGCGACUUCUGCAUGGACUCGCUCUGUGACCCACGUCUCGGCUGCAUGCAAUUCGCUCGCAAGUGCGUGGCACCCGAUCCCGACUGCCAGUACGGCGUGUGCAACAAUGAGACACAGAAGUGUGACUUCCACGAGUACUCGCCCAAACCAUUCGGCUGUAACAAGGCUGCAGUGAUCUCCACCGGUGUCAUUGCCGGUAUUGUAGUGGCAGGUGCUGUGGCAUUGGCCGUCAUCAUAUUCGGAGGCAAGAAGGGAUAUGACCACUGGAAGAGUGCCAACGAGAACAAGAUCACAACAACCAGUUCCAAUCCACUAUACACAGAGAAUCCUGCAUCUGGUACCAAUCCACUAUUUGUAGAGUCGAGCAAUGCUUAA